UGAAGUUUUUAAUUCAAGAACCACUCAUGGAGAGCUUGAACUUAACGCACUGCACCCAAAUCCUCUUAAAUGACCACCUCAAUUCGAGCGUCCAGCAGCAGAGACAAGUCGUCGGGGCAACGAACCUUUCAACGCCCAUUGACGUCGAAUUUUUUUAUGUUGAUUCGAUAAAUUCUUCGUAUAAAUUCUACAAUAGAUGUCAAGAAUUGCUCAAGGACGCCAAGGAUAUUCUGGACUCAAAAGAAAUACUGUCAUCAAGUUGUGACAUCGGAUUCAGAGAGAGUUAUGGGGCAAUCCACGGAUACCUGGCGCUGUGUAUCUGCAUCAUCGGCUCGAUCACGAACCUUCUGAAUGUGAUCAUCUUAACCAGGAAGGAAAUGAUCAACUCGACCAACACGAUCCUCACAGGCCUGGCCGUCGUGGAUCUCAUGAUCCUUGUGGAGUACAUUGGAUUUGCUUACUCCUACGUGCGUGGGAAAGAAAAUUUCGUUCAUUCUUACUCACAUGCGGCCUACGUGUUGUUCCACGCACAUUUCACGCAGAUUGCCCACACGAUAUCCAUCUGCCUGGCAAUCACCUUGGCGGUCUGGAGAUACAUAGCCAUUUGCACUCCACAUUUGAAUUUGAUUUUAUGCACGCUGCCCCGAUCACGGCUGGCUGUAGCUCUCGCUUACACCAUCUCCAUCCUCAUCACCUUGCCUAAUUGUUUCCUGUACUCCAUCCGAGCAACCAUCAGUCAGUCCGACAAUCGAACUCAAUACUUCGUGAUGCUGUCCGAGUCUACGGAGGCGCACGUCACAUUCCGACGCUGCUACUUGCCGGUCUAUGGGUUCCUCAUCAAGCUCCUGCCUUGCGUCCUGUUAUCUUUCUUUAUUCUGAAGAUAAUUCGCGCCAUGAAUAUUGCCAAGGAAAGAAAGGCUAAUUUGUUCAAGAUGAGCAGCACGCCUCCGUCCAACGACUCAGAAAAUGCAGUGGCACGAAAAAUCCCGCAUAUGGAAAAGUUAACCGAAAAGACUACGCGGAUGUUACUGGCCGUACUCUUCAUGUUCUUGGUCGUGGAGCUGCCACAGAGCGUCCUUACCCUCCUCACUGCCCUGCACGGUGACCAGUUCUUCGAGAAAUGCUACAUGGAAUGGGGGGAUCUCAUGGAUCUCAUGGCACUCAUCAACAGCGCAGCUAAUUUCUUCCUAUACUACAUCAUGAGUCAGCAGUUUCGCCUGACCAUGGGCAGGAUGGUUGUUAUCAAAGAAAGCGAGCCUCCAGCUCCCAGCCAACGGCCUAACGAAACUGCUGUUUCUACUCUAGUCUAGCAUACAUACACUUCUAGGUUCGUGUCAACGCACCUACCUUGCUGUAUUCUAGACAUUGACUAGAUUCUGUACUCUUAAGCUUUCAGGUCUAAAUUUGUUAGUUGUAGAAAUUGACUUGUCAUGAACGGGACAGGCAACAUAUUUUGUAGGUUCUGAAAUCAGCGGCUUGAAUGCUGAUUGGUAACCAAUCAGCGCAAAGAUUUGGUCACGGUUCGACUUGAUUGAGCAGAGUUUGACAGGCAUCGCACACAUAAUUUUUAUGCACUUUCGGUAUCAAUGCUACAGAUUAGCAACAUGAUUUUUCAUUUAAAAUAGCAGACAAUCUGGAUCUUGACUUUCAAAAUUCAGCGCAAACUAAUGAAUGAGUGCAGUAUAAAUUUUCAUAUAAAAUAGCUGACAAUCCGGAUUUUGACUGUCAAAAUUCAGGACAAACUAAUCUAUGAAUAGCAUCGUAAUGAGACGUUUGAAAUUAUUGGUUCUUGCAAUUAACUCUUGAGCUUACGAUUUUGCUUCUGGGAACGGUGAUAGUACAUUAAUGUGUCUCGCAUUGCAGUCAUUUAAUGCAGUCAAUGUUUUAUAUAUAAUGUCAAUGAAGCUAUUCACUACUGUGAAAGGAUUAUACAUGUAAUGUUAAUUUAUAAUUGUGUUUUCUCAUUAGGUAUAAUUUAAGACAAAGUCAACUGCGCGUGUGAUAAACAUACUCUACUAUGAGAAUAAUUAAUAUUAAUGUUUGGUGAAAUAACCUGAAAAUUGAAGUGAAAACUUAUUACGUAGAGUGAAGUAAGAAGUAGGGGUUUAGUAAGAAGUAAGGGUUUUACCCGGGAACAAUAUACGCUGUAAAUUGGCAUCAAUAGAGCUUGAACCUUUAACUCUCUGCACCGUAAAAAUCCCCUAGCUAAUUUUAAUGCCGUUGAAUGAAUGUAGCACGAUUGCUCAAAAAUUUCUCAAACAUUUAUUGUUUGCAAUACCAGCUUGAUCGCUAUUAAUUGUGCUUGAAUAAAUAUCAUCAUAAAAACUGACUUGAUUGCCGAAAGUUGACUCCUGAAUUCAAGUUAAAUGUGACGGGAAUUCGAGCUUGAAUAUGAGCUCGAUUCUGCAAGUGAAUAUAAGCUCAAAUAAAGUGUAGUUCUACUAGGACGUAGUGACUUACAUUGAUUGUUCUUUCCCGAAGAAGUUUUUCCUUCGCGUAUGUAAAUUGUUUUUUGCUUAUUUAUAAUUACUUGUAAAUGAGGCAUUGAUGUUCCUUUGCCUCAUUGAAAACAUUUAGGUAACUAUUGUAACUCCAAUAUUGAUUGAAAAAAACAUUGAAAAUUCAUCUAUAGGUAUUGCGUCGACUGAGGGUUAUUUUUUUAAAUUAAUUGUAAAUAAAUAAUUAUUUCUGUUUGAUGUACGACUUCAAGCACCGUAUAUCUGAGCUAUAUUAAUUAAAUACUAAAAUUAUUACAAAAAUUCCACUAGAACUUGUUCCGAUUAUUUUCAAUAUGAGCCCUUGAGAAUAUUGGAACGAAUUAUCUAGUGAUAGACAAGACGAUAAUGGACCUAACUUGUAUAUAAGUAAAAAUAUUUUAAUGUCACAUUUGAAUUAUAGACUAUUUUCAGAUAAUUUUAAGAGAUUCUAGAUUAACAGUAAGCCAAUAAUAUAGUACGCUAACUUUAAUUUUAGUCAGGUGUUAUACCUGCACCAUUACUCAUUGUUGCAAGAAAGGAUAUAAUUGGCUUGAGAUAUUUCUGAUUUAUUAAAUUAAAAUAGAUCUGAUAUUUGAACAUCA